UGUCUACUUCUUAAGUAACAGUACUAUUCCGCAAGCUAAAUUGAAUUUAAUAUUUUUUGUAACUUGUACGUAUAGCUGACGUCGGCGACGUUUGAAAUCAGGGUAGAUUUGUAUAUUUAAGACACAGUUUUCUUUUCAGAUUUUGGAAAUAAUUUUGAGUUAAAAUUUAUACCCCCUAAGAUUGUUAAGAUUAAGUCACUUUCGUUCUUUAGAAACAAUUUUUCACCAUGCAUGUUUUAAUUUAGAUCCUUAGACGGUAACGGAAGUUUCAACUAUCGCAUGGUUUUUCCUUUCGAAUACCUUCCUAUUGAUAAGAAAAUUGUCAUAAAGGAGAAGGUCCAUCGUUUGAGUCGUCAUUUGAGACAUGAGCACAUAUCGCCAGUUUUAAAGGUGCAAAUCUGGGACAAAGACAGGUUUACUAGACAUGACUUUAUAGGUGACUUGAAGCUGGAUCUGUCCAAUUUAGUUCGCCCUUGUGUUGAACCCAGUCACUGUGGAGGAACGAAAGACCCCAGGACACAUAACCAGUUCGUGGAUUUGUUCAUUCAACAGUGGAUAUCUGGCUGGUGGGCCUGUUAUGAUAAUGAUGAUGAUGAUGAUGACAAACGGAAAAUCACGGGUAAGGUACAAAUGACUUUGGAGAUUUUAAACGAAGAAGAAGCUGAGGAGUAUCGUGUGGGUCUGGGCCAAUCAGAGCCCAAUCAAUAUCCCAAGCUUGAUAAACCCAUCCGUCCAGCUCAUUCGUUUCUGUGGUACCUGUCUCCACUCAAGACUUUGCGUUGGAUCAUCUGGAAGAACUGCAAGCGGACCAUUAUAAAGUGGUUGAUCAUCUUCUUGCUGAUCUUGAUCAUCUUCUUAUUCAUAUACAGUGUUCCGAAUUAUGCAGCGAAGAAGGCGCUAGGUGUUUGAAUGUCUUUAUCUUACAACUAGAAACUUCACUAUCCCUUGAUAACAUAACUAUUCGUGAGAUAACGAAUUAUGACAAAUCUUAGAUACAGCCGGACUGACCAAGUAAGUGACAGUUUUUUGGGCUUAAAAUCCUCCUAGAGGCGUAAUAACCAUAAAGGGAGGUGCACCACCACUUGAGCCAUGGCCAAUUUUUGUCGUCAAAUAUUGGUGGUAGGAACAACCUGACUGCAAAGUCAACCUGGACUGAAUGAGUCUCGGAAAAAUUCAAUUGUUCCUUCGUAUACACAUAAAAAAUGCCAAUCCCGAUAGUUUUUAUGAAAAUCAAUGCAGCUACUUAACUUUACCCUAUUGAGGCUCUAGUAAGAUAUAUAGGAAAUUAAGGGUAAUUUUAAGAAAAUCACCGGGGAAAUAGCUUGAGGUGAAUGAAUUUAUAGCUUGCAAAUUGUUGUAUCUCAUUUACUAAGUUGCUUUGUUCAGCUUCUAAUAAUAAGCUCAGAUCAUAGAGCAUUUUCAGCCAGAAAAAGCGAUUUUAUUCAAAGUUUCAUUUUUUUAUUAGUGACAUCUGAGUUAUUACUUACUUAUCAAUAAUACUGUAUGAUGUAAUCGCCUAUUAAAUUGUAUUAAGACUAACUUUACGAUUAAAAUUAUUCCCGUUAAACGAAGUUAUUUCUGUAGUUGACUUUAACUGAGUAGCUGUUCAAACUCACCAGGGAAGAGUAGAAUAUUACAUAGUAGUGACUACCUUG